AGCGGGAGGCGGAAGUGCCUUGGGCAGCCGCCUCCGUCCAGGCUGCGGCCCCUACCGGUUACAUAACUCGUUGCGGGCUGCGCGCGGCCCCACUUCCUGGCUCCCUGAGAACCGAGGAUGCACUGAGCCCCACAACGCCGUCCGCUGCCGCCGGCUCUCUCCCGAGGUGUGAAUGACAGAGGUGGUGCCAUCCAGCUCCCUCAGCGAGGUCAGCCUGCGUCUCCUCUGCCACGAUGACAUAGACACCGUGAAGCACCUGUGCGGCGACUGGUUCCCCAUCGAUUACCCAGACUCAUGGUAUCGUGAUAUCACCUCCAACAAGAAGUUCUUUUCCCUCGCCGCAACCUACAGGGGCGCCAUCGUGGGAAUGAUCGUAGCUGAAAUAAAAAGUAGGACCAAGAUACACAAGGAGGAUGGAGAUAUUCUAGCCUCCAGCUUCUCUGUUGACACACAGGUUGCGUACAUCCUAAGCCUGGGAGUAGUGAAGGAAUUCAGAAAGCACGGCAUAGGUUCCCUAUUACUUGAGAGUUUAAAGGAUCACAUAUCAACCACCGCCCAGGACCACUGCAAAGCCAUCUACCUGCAUGUCCUCACUACCAACAAUACGGCUAUAAACUUCUACGAAAACAGAGACUUCAAGCAGCAUCACUAUCUCCCCUAUUACUAUUCCAUCCGAGGGGUCCUCAAAGAUGGCUUCACCUAUGUCCUCUACAUCAACGGUGGCCACCCUCCCUGGACCAUCCUGGACUACAUCCAGCACCUGGGCUCUGCGCUAGCAAACCUGAGCCCCUGUUCCAUCCCGCACAGGAUCUACCGCCAGGCCCACAGCCUGCUCUGCAGCUUCCUGCCAUGGUCAAGCAUCUCCACCAAGGGCGGCAUCGAGUACAGCCGGACCAUGUGACGCCAGCCGGGCAGUCUCUGCCAGGCCCCACCCCUCGGCACCCUGUGGAAACCGCCUUCCCGGCCAUCUGACUUCUGCUGUCAUCUGCAGAGGAGCCAGUGGGCACCUGCCAGGCCCGUCGACCUGCCCCAGCUGCAGGCCCGGUGCUACGUGGGCUCGGGAGAAGAGAGUCAAGGGGCGUGCCCGGUCUCCCCCAGGCUCCUCCAGCCCUCCUUCCCAAUCUGGAAACCUUCACUUCUGCUGAGCCCUGGCCGGGCCCCCGCACGUGCUCCAGCCCCACGGGCACCUGGGGGUGGCAGUGUUCACUGUGGUCUGUUUCUUCUGCUGCCCUGGGAGCAAGGGCAUGGGAAAGGGCUUCCUUCCCCACGCCCCUCACCGGCCUCUUCCCCUCCACUGCCUGAUCCUUCCAGCUCCUUCCUCCAAAGUCGGAAUAAACUUCUGGGAGGGAGGAACCGAAGUGUUACAGACAGACUUGACCCUAAAGACACAGGAGCCUCUGAACAAUGAGGGGUCGAAAUAACGGGAAGGCCAGCCCCUGGUCCAAAACCAGCACCCAGAAGCCCAGGGGGCAGAGAGCAGCCCCGGUCUCUCCAGCCGGGGCUGACACUUGCUGGGCACAGCUGAGGAGGCUUCUUACCCACACACUGAGGUCUGGGGUUUCGCUCCCCACGUGUGCGGGCGGAUAACGAGACAGAUGCCCACAUGCCCACUAGGAGGCUGAGUCCUCCCGCAGCCUCUUCCCACAGGCUGCUUCAUUCUGUCCCGAGCGAUUGGAACCGCCUGUCAGAUGGUGGAUGUGCCAUUCAGCUGAGCUGCUGCAGGGAGCUGGGCUGAGGACAGGCGCCGCUGAGGGCCUGGAGGUUGUCUCCCCCAGCCCCCCAGCCCCAUGAGCAGCAGCUCCGGGGCCUGGCCAGGUGCAGACGGGACGAAGCUGAGCACCACCAUGACCAAGUGAGACCCGGCCUUUGGGGCUGGGGACAGUCACGUGCCUUGUGGUCCCUCCACCUCUGGGGCAGAGACAGUGCCUGGAAGUGUGCACGUGGACGGCACGUGCUCCUGGUGUCCCUUCUGCCAGGGCCCCUAGAGCUGCUUGCUGCCUGGCCUGCCCUUCCGGAGCAGAGGGGAUGGCACAGAGUCUCACGCCGGACGAGAGCAGGAGACGGGAACACCCCAGAACACCAAGCCCUGCUCUUAGGCCUGCUGAGACCCUGCCCACCCAGGAAGCCUGCCCAGAGUCCCGCCCCGAGGAGGACGGCUCCCUCCUCAACUAAGGGUGGGAGCACCUCGGAUUCCCCCAGGAUCUACAUGGAACUCUGCUCUCAGAACACAGGUGCCGAGGGGCCAUUUCUCUGGCUGAAUUGGCCUGAUGACAGACAGACCCAGGGACAGAAGGUGCAGGCCUUGGCUUUUAUUGAAAUUAGACCUGUAGGCUCCCUGGCCACUUGGGAGCCCAACUCUCCACUCCGCCCAGCCUCCCAGGUACAAGUGGCCGACUUGAAUUGGAGCAGGCUGCAAGGAUGACAUGAUGUUAUACAGAGAAAAAAAUUAAUUCACACUAAAAAAACUAUUUGAGCUAAUAAAACUCGGAGCUAAUAAGAUUCAGCAAAGUCUCAGGAUACAAGAUCAACACGCAAAAUUAACUGUAUUUCUAUACAGUAGCAAAGAACAAAAAGAAUAAAACAGGAAUAAAAUUAACCAUGGAGGUACAAGACAACACUGAAAACUAGAAAACAUUGCUGGGAAAAAAAAAGUAAAAAUAAAUGGAAAAAGAUCCUGUUCAUGGUUUGAAGACUUAAUAUUGUUAAGACAACAAUCCUUCCCAAAGUGAUCUAUAGAGUCAAUGCAAUUCUUAUCAAAAUCUCAAUGGCCUUGUAGGCAGAAACAGGAAAACUGAUCCUAAAAUUCAUGUGGAAUUACAAGGGAGCCCAAAAGCCAAAAACAAUCUUAAAAAGUUUGAAGACUCAAGAGUUCUGAUUUCAAAACUUAUUGCAUACAAUGCUAUAGUAACCAUAACUGUGGAACUGGUAUAAGGCUAGACAUCCAGACUAAUGGAAUAGAAUAGAGAGCCCAGAAUAAUUUCAUACACCUCUGGACAAUUUAUUUUUAACAGGUUGCCAAGACUAUUCCGUAGGGAAAAUAAUAGUCUCUUCAACAAAUGGUGCUGGGACAACUAGAUGUUCAAAAGAUACAAAUGAAGAAUGAAGCUGGACCCCUACCUCACACCAUAUACAAAAAUUAACUCAAAGAAAACUCUUUGAAGAAAUCUUCAUCACCAUGGAUUUGGUAAUGGAUUCUUAGAUAUGACAACAAAAGCACAAGCAACAAAAGAAAAAAUAGGUAAAUUGGACUUCAUAAAAGUUGAAAACUUUUGUGUUGCAAAGGACAGUGUCAAGAAGUGAAAAGACAGCCUACAGAAUGAGAGAAAACAUUUGCAAAUCAUAUAUCUGAUUAGAGUGUAGUAUCUAGAACACAUAAAGAGCUCUUACAAGUCAACAACAAAAAGACAAACAACCCAAUUUAAAAAUGGGUGAAGAACUUGAAUAGAUAUUUUCCCAGAGAAGAUAUACAAAUAGUCAACAAGCACAUGAAAACAUGUUCAAUGUAUUUAGUCAUUAGAGAAAUGCAAAUUUGAACCACAGUGAGGGACUUCCCUGGUGGCACUGUGGUUAAGAAUCCGCCUGCCGAUGCAGGGGACACAGGUUCGAGCCCUCGUCCAGGAGGAUCCCACAUGCCACGGAGCAACUAGGCCCGUGCGCCACAACUACUGAGCCUGCGCUCUGGAGCCCGCGAACCACAACUGCUGAACCCAAUGCCACAACUACUGAGGCCCACCUGCCUAGAGCCCGUGCUCCGCGACAAAGAUAAGCCACCGUAAUGAGGGGCCUCCUGUGCACUACAAUGAAGAGCAGCCCCCGCUCGCCACAACUAGAGAAAGCCUGCAUGUAGCAACGAAGACCCAAUGCAGCCAAAAAUAAAUAAAUUUUUAAAAAAUUAUAAAAAAUAAACCACAGUGAGACACUACUUCUCACACAUGAGGCUGGCUAUAAUUUUAAAAACCAACCAACCAAAUAACCCCACAGAAGAUAAGUGUUAAUGAGGGUGUAGAGAAAUUGAAACCUGCCUACACUGCUGGUGGGAAUGGAAAAUGGUGCAGCCACUAUGGAGAACAGCUUGGCAGUUCCUCAACAAGUUAAACGUAGAAUUACCAUAUGACCUAGCAAUUUCACUCCUAGGUAUAUACCCAAAAGAGUCGAAAACAGGUAUUUAAAUAAAUACUUGUACACAAAUAUUUAUAGCAGCAUUAUUUAUAGUAACCAAAGAGUAGAAACAACCCAAAAGUCCAUCAGCUAAUGGAUGGAUAAACAAAUUGUAGUCUGUCCAUACAGGGAAAUAUUAUUCAGCUGUAAAAAGAAGUACUGAUACACAGGGCAACAUGGAUGAACCUCAGAAACAUACUGCUCAGUGGUAGAAGCCAGAUACAAAAUGCCACAUAUUUUAUUCUGUUUACACGAAAUAUGCAGAAUGAAUAAAUCCAAAGUGACAGAAAUCAGGUUAGUGAUUACCAGGGGUUGUGGGGAAGGAGAAAUGGGGAGAGACUGCUUAGUUGGUGUGACAUUUCUUUUUGGGGUGAUUAAAAUAUUUUGGAACUAAAUAGAGAUGGUGGUUGAACAUUUCAAAUGUAUUUAAUGCUACCGAAUUGUACACUUAUAAGGGCAAAUUUUAUGUUAUGUAUAUUUUAUCACAAUAAAAAUAAGUAAAUGACCAGCACCACUUAAAACUAUCAAGGUCAUCAAAAACAAGGAAAGUUUGAGAAACUGUCACAGUCUAGAGAAACCUAAGAAGACAUGACGACUAAAUGUAAUGCUGUGUCCUGAAUCAAAUCAUAGAACAGGAAAAGGACAGUAGGUUAGAAAUGAGGAAAUCUGGACUUCAGUUAAUAAUAAUGUAUCAGUAUUGGUUCAUCAGACAAAUGCACCAUACUAAUGUAAGAUGUUAACAGUUGCGGGGAUGAGGGAGAGAUGGAAUAUACAGGAACUCUGUUCUAUCUUUGAAACUCCUUUGAAAAUCUAAAACUGUUCUAAAAUCAAAAGUCCAUUGAAGGGCUUCCCUGGUGGCACAGUGGUUAAGAAUCUGCCUGCCAAUGCAGGGGACACGGGUUCGAGCCUUGGUCCGGGAAGAUCCCACAUGCCGCGGAGCAGCUAAGCCUGUGUGCCACAACUACUGAGCCUGCGCCCUAGAGCCCACAAGCCACAACCACUGAAGCCCACGUGCCUACGGCCUGUGCUCCACAACAAGAGAAGCCACCGCAGUGAGAAGCCCGCGCACCGCAACAAAGAGUAGCCCUCGCUCGCCGCAACUAGAGAAAACCCGCGUGCCGCAACAAAGACCCAACGCAGCCAAAAAUAAAGUUAUUUUUUAAAAAAAUUAUUGAAAAAAAGUUAAACAUUCACUUGCCUUAUGACUCUAUGUCAUUCAUAGGUAUUUAUUCAAGAGAAAAGAAAGCAUAUGUGUCUUUAUAAGGAUUUCUACAUGAAUGUUCAUACCAGCUUUAUUUGUACUAGCCCCAAACUGGAAAUGCCCAGGAACAGGUGAUGUGUAAAUAAACUGUGGUAUAUCCAUACAAUGGAUAUACAACUCAGCAGUAAAAAGGAAUGAAUUACCGAUAUAGGCUACAACAUGGAUGAGUCUCAAAAUAAUUAUGCCAAGUAAAAGAUGCCAGACAAAAAGAAUAUGUUGUGUGAUCCCAUUUAUAUAAAACCCGAGAAAUACACCUGUGUACAGUGACAGAAAGCAGAGGAAUGGUUGCCUGGGGUAGAAGGAGUGGCAGGAGGUAGACAAUACAAAGGGGUGGGACACAGGAAAACAGGUGGCAGAUGUGUUCUCUAUCUUGAUUGGGAUAGUUUCUUGCGUGUAUACACUUGUCAAAGCUUAUUAAAUUGCACACUUUAAAUAUGUGCAUUUUAUCUUAUGUUAAAAAGCUGUUAAAAAAAGUAAAAACCGAGGGAGAAGGCUCGGUGCUCCCUCCGUGCCCUGCCAGCUACAGUGGAUGUCAAGUGCUGUCUGCCCAUCACAGCCUCCACUGUGUGUGUCAGGCAUCACAACCUCCACUUUGACAUUGAAGAAUCUAAGUCCCCCAGAGGUUGAGUAACUUCCCAAGGUCACAAAGCUGACUGCUUUAGAGACUGCACUGGGUGCCCUGUGCACACCAGUUUGCCCAGAUCUGGUGGACUUCAGGCAGCCUGUUGUGUCAGCUCUGAACUGGGCAUCACAGCCAGCACAGAGCAUGGGAGGAGGGCAGGGGACGUGGCCUUUCCUCAAAGACCUUUCACUUCACUGGGGUGAGGCAUUGUACUCCGACUCACUCAUUCAGUCUCAGCAUGUAUGUUCUGAGAGCCUGUGUAGUGCCAGGUACUAUUGUAGACUUGGGGAGAGAGUCGAGUAGGACAGAGAAGGUAUGUUUCCACGGCGCAUACAUGUCCAGAUCAGAGACACAGAAGAGAAGCAAGGGAGAUGUUUCCAGGUAUAAUACGAAGAAAAUAAAAGAAGGUGAUGUGACAGGGAGGGGCUGGGAAGGGUCUGCUUUAGUGUAGAUGGUCCGAGAGCCCUCUUCACAAAGAUCUGAAGAAGUUGGGAAGAGCACUACGGACAGAGAGAACUACUUGCGCAAAGACCAGAAAGCAGGAAGAAGGUGGGCGUGUUCAACAGGAAGCCAGGGAGGGGAGAUGGAGGGAAGGGAGCAGAGGAGGCACAGAGCAGGCGCAGCUCAGAGGACUGAGUUUUCUUUGAACAGCGAUGGGAAGCCAUUGGAUAGUUUUUUUUUAAGCUUUUUUGUUUUUAGUCAUGCUUAGUGAUACACUAUUUUAUUUUAUUCUAUUCGCCAUGCCACGCGUCUUGUGGGAUCUUAGUUCCCCGACUAGGGAUCGAACCUGGGCCCCAGGUUCGACAGGGCAGUGAAAGCGCCCAGUCCUAACCACUGGACCCCCAGGGAAUUCCCAAGAGAUACAAUUUUAGAUGUGGUAAAAUUCACCCUUUUUAGUGCACAGAUCUAUGAGUUUUGACAAACAGCUACUGUCAUGUAAUUACCACCCCAAUCAAGAUACAGAACAGUUUCAUCACCCCCAAAAUUAUUUUGCACCCAACUCUUCCUGGCAAUCACUGAUUUAUGUCUGUAUUUUCAUCUCAUUCAGAUUGUCAUGUAAAUGGAAUCGUACAGUACAAAGCCUUUUUAAAAAAUAUAUUUAUUUAUUUUAUUUAUUAUUUUUGGCUGUGUUGGGUCUUUGUUGCUGCGUGUGGGCUUUCUCUAGUUGUGGCGAGCGGGAACUACUCUUCGUUGCGGUGCGCGGGCUUCUCAUUGCGGUGGCUUCUCACUGUGGUGGCUUCUCUUCUUGUGGAGCAUGGGCUCUGGGCGCGCGGGCUUCAGUAGUUGUGGCUUGCGGGCUCUAGAGCUCAGGCUCAGUAGAUGUGGCGCACGGGCUUAAGUGCUCCGCGGCAUGUGGGAUCUUCCUGGACCAGGGCUAGAACCCAUGUCCCCUGCAUUGCCAGGCGGAUUCUUAACCAGUGCACCACCAGGGAAGCCCUUUUUAAAUAUUUUUAUUGGAGUAUAAUUGCUUUACAAUGUUGUGUUAGUUUCUGCUGUACAACAAAGUGAAUGUAUACAUAUAUCCCCAUAUCCUCUCCCUCUUGAGCCUCCCUCCCACCCUCCCUAUCCCACUCCUCUAGGUCGUCACAAAGCAUCGAGCUGAUCUCGCUGUGGCAUGCAGCAGCUUCCCACUAGCCAUCCGUUUUACAUUUGGUAGUGUAUGUAUGUCAGUGCUACUCUCUCACUUUGUCUUAGCUUCCCCUUCUCCCACUGUGUCCUCAAGUCCUUGUACGAAGCCUUUUGAGUCUGGCUUCUUCCAGUUAGCAUAAGGCAUUGGAGAUUCAUCAUUGUCCUUGUGUAUUUUAGCUCUUUGCAUUUUCAAAAUUGCUGAGUGGUAAUCCAUUGUGUGAAUGUACCACAAUGUGUUUAUCCAUUCAUAAGUUGAGGGGCACUUGAGUGGUUUCCAGUUUGGGGCAAUUAUAAAGCUGCUCUCAACAUGUAUGUAUAAGUUUUGUGUGAACAUAAGUUUUUAUUUCUCUUGGGCAAAUACCUGGGAGAGAGACUGCUGAACUGUACGUUGUGUAUGUUUAACUUUAUUAAGAAACUACCGACUGUUUUUCCAAAGUGGAUGUACAGUUUCAUAUUCUCACCAAUAGUGUAUGAAAGCCCAAGUUGCUCCACAUCCUUUCAAGCCCUUGGCACUGUCAGGGUUUUUGUGGUUUUUUGUUGUUUUAGCUAUUCUAAUAAUUGUGUAGUGAUAUUUUGUGGUUUAAUAUGCAUUUCUCUAAUGACUAAUAAUCUUGAGCAUCUUUUCCUUUGCUUACGAUUUGUAAUGAAAUAAAAUUCAUAUUUUAAGGCAAGACAAGAAGAUUUAAACACAAUUUUUUUUCUGCCCAUUUGGGCCUCCUCUCUCCCCUGUAGUGUGCAUUGUGUAUCUGCCUUAUGCAUUAACCAGACCUCCCCAACAGCAGAAAUACCUGCUCAACCAUAAAGCUCAAUUUUUCUUCUUCUGAUGCCAGUUAUAUAACUCCUUAGAAGAUAACAUUCCUUUCUCAAUCUUGUAAGGGGUCAUGAUGCAGAUAUCUUUGGUGAACUUUGUGUGCAAUGCCAAUAUAACAUUUCCCUUAAAGAUAGCGAUUGGUGCAGAACACACUGGGUCAGAUGAUCUGGGGAGAUACUGGGCCACACCUAAUGGAAGUUCUUAGCUUAAAUACCUACUUAGGACCUUAGUAAUGUUACUUGUAUUCUGUUUAUUUUGCAAGAUUAUAGUUUCUUGUAUUACUGAAUGUGUGACUGAGCCUCUGAUAAUGACUAGGCUACUUGAAACAAUUGAUCAAAUAUAUGGUUCUGUAACAUUGAAGAUUUUUUUUCUUUUUUUGGCCACGCCACGUGGCUUGCAGGAUCUUAGUUCCCUGACCAGGGACUGAAUCCAGGCCCUUGGCGGUGAAAGCGCAGAGUCCCAACCACUGGACCACUAAGGAAGUUCCAAGAUUGAUGAUAUUAAUAGUGUAACUCUAGAUACAGGAAGAAGCAGUAAGAGAGAACCAUUUCCUGGACCAUAAGAGACUAGAAAGACAGGCAAGGUGGUCCAGAGGCUUUUGGCUACUGUUAACAGUCCAGUGAUAGCACAUUGCGUGGCCUAUCAAUGAAAUCCUUGCUUGACCUGGGUAUGAGCAUUCCUAGAGCCGUGGGACAAACUGGUCAUGAAAUGCUUCCCAAACCUUGGUAGAAGUUAAGACGGAAAAGGAGGAGAUUGUAAAACAAAGAAUGUUGCUCACCAUCCAAUUCUACAAGAAUUGAGUCAUUAGUCACUACAGUCACUGAUUUACAACACACCCUGAAAGAAAUUCAGGGCCAAGAUCAGGAUGAGGCAUUUUGUGCUCUGGGAAAACUGGCAGAACUAGCUCUCAGAUAUUUGUGGGAGAAAAUUUUAUGAACUCAGUUUCUUGCAUCUUCCCAUACUUAGAAAAGCACUACAACCAUUACCUAAGAUAUCUGCUCCUCGUGAAUAGCAGUCGCCUUCUACCAAGAUGUAUGCUUGACUGCACCUACCCCUUAGUCAAAAUCACUACAUACUAGCCUCCCUCUUUCCUCUUUGAAACAUCCUCAGAGCUUUCUGUAAGACUGUCUCCCUGAUU